AUGAAGUAUCUGCUGCUCGCCCUCUGCUUCGCUCUAGCUCGAGGUCAAAGCGCCCAGCCCAAAUACUGCAUCGGAGGAGCCGAAAACUUCUUCCAGUGUGCCAACGAAACGACUUUCAGAUGCUUGAACCGCCGUCUGAUUUGUAAUGGUGAACAAGACUGCAGCGACAAUUGGGAUGAGGCGAACUGUGCCUGUGUGAGGAACAGAGAUUGCCCUCGAGGCGUCAAAUGCCAGAAAGAUCGUCGCUCCGCGACGUCAGUGUGUGUCAAUUGCGCUCCAGGUCAGCGCUUCAGGAACUCCCAGUGUGAAGAUAUAGACGAGUGCACCGAAAAUCCAGAGGUGGAUGUCUGCGCUGGGAAAGGCGCGUGCGUCGAUCGCGCUAAUGGCUUCGAAUGUGUAGCUUGUCCAAAAGGCUACGGAGCUAGCCUUAGAGAUCCGCGCUUGUUCACCGCAAACGCUGUUUACAAUGAGUCCGAAACGUUCAGGAAACUGCUCCUCUGCGCCGACUAUGACGAAUGUGAAGAGCACAAUCCGUGCAGCGGCGGCGCAUGCUUCAAUCGGGUCGGAAGUUAUUCGUGUGAAUGUCCGCUGAAUCACGAGCGGCGACUGGAUAUUCGAGAGGAUGUGUGUCAAGCUAUCGGCGAGCAGCCCCUGGUGGCCAUCGACAACGGGACAUCAAUCCACAUCUUCGAACUCCGCAGCGCGACUCAAACCCAAGAAUUUGAGUGUACGGAUCAAAUCGUAGAUCUGAGCGCUGACAAUGGCCUUGUGAUAUUCGCGACGCGGCGGCAAGUGUGGGAGUACAGGAUCGCUGUCGGGGCCAAGCUCAUCUUGGCCGAUUUCGGGAACGACGAAGAUUUUUCCAAUGGUGACAUCAGGAAAAUUUCCGCCGACUGGGAGAACCACCGCGUUUAUGUUCUGACGGGGGACUCGGUAUCGGUGAUCGACAUCGUUGGCCGCGCAGUAAAAAUCAUAGAACACCGAGGCAACAUCUCGAGCAUCGCGGUCGAUCCCUUGGCUGGUUAUCUCUUCCACAGCGAAUUCGGACGCGUUCGGAGAAGCCAUCUAGACGGAUCAAUCGAAUCGACGAAUAUAAUCUUCACCGCACUCCCAGCUGACGACCUACCGGACAUCGAGGUGUUGGCAGUUGAUCCCAAUCUGAAAUACGUUUAUUACAUACACAACAGGGUACUCUAUAGCUUUGAUUACGACGGCCAGCGAGCCGUGAUAAUGACAGGCUCUGCUGACUACACUCGUUUAGAGCCCUUUGAAGAUCUCCUUUACGCGACGUACCGAGUUGCAAACUCGGACUCGAUAGUCACUAUAGGACGCACCGGAUACUCGGUAGGUGCUCAACGGGAGUCCACAGUUCAAUCAUUCAAGGGAACUUCGCCGAAGUCCAUUGCCAUAAUCCAGAGCGCGAAAUUCCCCACGAGACCGGAACCUAUGAAUAGUUGUCUCAGGAAGCCAUGCAGCUCCGAUUGGUGUUUUCCUUCGCCUCUAUCACGCUCGCCGUCACAUCUGUGCGACUGUGCGGCCGGGGAGCGGAGCAACUGCCUACCCUUGAAAACUUUUCGAUUGCGGCCUGCUAGCAAUGAUAUUCUACCCAACGAGGAGAAAAGCGCUGUCCGCGGUGCAUCGGUUCCUAUAACUGCCGAAAUGACGAAAGUUGGCUUCAUCAUUCCUAUUGUCCUAGUUUUUCUCAAUUCCGGUUUAGAUUAGACAGAACUUUCGCGGGAUCGCCGUCGCCAUUGUGAAUACGAUAUAUGAGUGUACAGAUGUGUAUAGGUCGAAUGAGCUCCUCGACGAAAAUAAAUGACUAUGUA